AUGACGAAGCCGGAAGAAGAAGAGAAGAACGCCGGCGCGGCGGAACACGCGAUGAAGCUGAUCGGAACGCUGGAAAAUUUCGUUCCCAGUGCGGAUUUUGACGACUACCUCGAGAGAGCCGAAAACUUUUUCGAACUGAACUGCAUCACGGAUGAUGAGUUCAAACGGAAGCUGAUCGUCCAUUUUAUUGGCCUGCCCGCGCUGAAGAAGCUGCAGCAGUUGCUGUACCCGAAAACCCACAAGCAGUCGACGUACAAGGAGGUUACCGACAAGCUGAAGUCGUACUUCAGUCCCCAGAAGAACCGGAUCGCCCAGUCCGUGGAGUUCUUCAAGCGAAGCCAGCACGAGUACGAGAAGGUCGCGGAUUUCGCGGUCGAGCUGCAAGCCCUGUCGAAGCACUGUGUCUUCGAACAGUUCCUCGACGCAGCCCUGCGCGACAAAUUCAUCGCCGGUCUACGGAACGCCAAAAUCCAGGCCGAGCUGAUGAACAGCCCGGACAACACGAGGUUCGACGAAGCCGUCACGAAAGCCAAGAAUCUGGAGCAGAUCGAGGAGGACCAGCAGAAGAUGAAGGCCAAGCAGCAGUACGCCAACCGAGUCAAUGGCGGAAACGUCAACCGACGAAACCGUUCGCAGUCCCGGAAGCCGGAGCAGUCCGAGAGAGGCCAGCGCAGCAGUUCGCGAGGCAGACCCAGCUCGCGAGGAGGACCACGUGGCCGCAAGGAUUUCCGUUGCUACGCUUGCGGAAAGAAGGGCCACAUGGCGCGGUCGUGCUGGAGCAACAAGGCGAACGUGGUGAACCGCAGCGACGACGACAGCGUGGUCGACUCUGACGACGAGGUCAACCACGUGGUGAACGUUCCAUUGUUCAAGAGGUUGUGA